GACUGUAUAUUAAACUAGAGGUUAUUUUUGCCAAACUUGUUACAACUUUUUGUUGUGUUUCUAUUAUUUAGUCUGAAGACUAGUUGGGACCCAAUAUUAGCGGACAAUGUCGUCGACAACUCAGGCAAUCGACACCAAUUGUAUGACAUUAACGCGAUUUGUUUUGGCAGAACAGCGCAAAGUGUCGGACGCGACGGGAGAGUUGACCACUUUGUUGAAUGCCAUCUGCACUGCAGUCAAAGCCGUCUCAUCGGCCGUACGGAAGGCAGGAAUCGCUAAAUUGUAUGGAAUCGCCGGUCAGACCAACAUUCAGGGCGAAGACGUGAAAAAGUUGGACGUUUUGGCCAAUGAUUUGUUCAUAAAUAUGUUAAAGUCUUCGUAUACGACAUGUUUGCUCAUCUCUGAAGAGAACGACACUGUCAUCGAAGUAGAGCCCGAAAAGAGUGGCAAAUAUGUGGUCGCUUUCGACCCAUUGGAUGGCUCUUCUAAUAUCGAUUGUUUGGAAACAAUUAACGGAAAGAUUGGAGUGAAGAGCGGACGCUCUAUAGUGGCCGCGGGUUAUGCCCUCUACGGAAGCGCAACAGCCAUUGUGUUAAGUAUGGGAGACUCUGUUCACGGCUUUAUGUACGACCCGGCGAUCGGAGAAUUCAUUCUAACGAACCCUUACAUGAAAGUGCCCUCAAAAGGAAAGAUAUAUAGCGUGAACGAAGGCUAUGAAUCGCAAUGGGAUCCAGUGGUCAAAGAGUACGUUCACAGCAAGAAGUAUCCCAAAUCGGGAAAACCGUAUUCCGCUCGAUAUGUGGGUUCAAUGGUGGCUGACGUCCACCGAACCAUUCUUUAUGGCGGAAUAUUUCUAUAUCCGGCCACUAAUGACGCCAAGAAUGGAAAGUUGCGACUCCUCUAUGAGGGCAACCCAAUGGCGUUCAUCAUUGAGAGCGCCGGUGGUGUGGCAUCCAAUGGAAAGAUACCAAUACUUGACAUUCAGGUGAAGGACAUUCACGAGAGGACACCAGUAUUCUUGGGCUCCAAAGACGAUGUCAACGAAGUACUAGAUAUGUAUCGCAAGGCUUAAAUCCGUACAAAACAAAAGUUUUUGAUCUGAACUUUGAACACAUGGUUGUAAUCAUGAUAUUUUCGAAAUGAAAAUAAUUUUUUAAUGGUUUGUUAUAAUUGAUGUUUUUGCUAAUAAAUACAUUAUUUUGAAAGAUAUAUAA